AGAACCUGUUCUGCUGGAGCAGUAUAUAAUAAAGUGAACUGCUGGACUUGCUAGCAGUGGACUCUUCAGCCUGUUAAUCAUGCAGUUGGGAUACCGUCUCCUCCUCCUGGGGCUCCUUGCUUUCUGGGCUGAGCUGACUCUGAUCUCUGCUCAGAAACGUCCAGAUCUUUGCUACCUCCCCCAGAAAGUGGGACCCUGCAAAGCACACAGACCCCGUUUCUUUUACAAUUCAAUGACCCAGAAAUGUGAGGGCUUCGUUUAUGGUGGCUGCCAUGGGAAUGCAAACAACUUUGAAACCCUUGAAGGAUGUCAGCAGACCUGUGAACGCAGGUAGAGGGUUUCUAGGACAGCAAUGCAGAAUCGGACCCCUCUCAACCGGCACGAACACGUUCCUGUGAUCUGGACCAGUGCUGUGGGCUCAGAGGCGGCACUCCAGCCCAGACUCCCUCCUACUGCUUAUGGGCCUGACCUGGCAUUGCUCAAUCGAGAGGCAUCGGUGCAUUGUAUUCUCUGUUUGCAGUUAUGUUUCUGGCCAAGGCAGGCUGGCAACUCCCCAAAGAAACUGAUAAAAACCCCAUACAACCAGACAAGAUGCUCAGCCUUAUGCAGCUGGGACACUCCCCGUUGCGAACUAAAAGAGCAGGUGACUUGAGCUAUCUGCUUCCAUUGGAAGGACUUUUUUCCAACAAUUAAAAAUACGACAAUGUGUUUUCCCCAAAACAUGUAAAACACAUCAGCUUCUGAACAAAAGAAACAUGCAUGAGUGUUUUUAGGGAAACUGAAAAUUAUUUUCUGGUGAAUCACAAAGUAAAAA